GCCAUAAGGGCAGCCCUGCCGGAGUCCAACAUGCACUAGGAACAGGUCUUACUAACUGCCAGCAAUGAAGCUCCGGUCAUGCAGAGACCGGACAGCCCUCAGUAAGGCUCCUUGGACCCCAUACUCCAAGAGCACUCUCCACAGGACACCACAGGGGACGCGGUCGAAUGCCUUCUCCAAAUCCACAAAACACAUAUGGACUAGAUGAACAAACUACCUCCAGCAACCUGAAGAGGGUGUAGAGCUGGAGGACGGAAACCGCACUGUUGCUCUUGGAUCUGAGGUUUGACUAUCGGACAGACUCUCCUCUCCAGUACCCUGGCAUAGACUUCCCCUUUCUGUUUAAAUGCUAAAAUGAGGAUUUUGUAAAAUCAUCAUUCUAUUAUAAUUCACAGACACACUCUUUUUACUCUCUGCAUUAAACUGUGAUGGACUACAGUUCAUUAUGGCCAGACAAAGAAUUCCAAAUGAACAUGAGGAAAGUUUUCCUUGGACAACCAGGUGAAGUUUUCCGUCACAUCCACAACCCCUGCCUCCAUCUCAACCAGAUGGUUCUGGCUGGCUCCUCCCUAAAUAAAACAUUCCAGCCCACUUUCUGGAAAUCUGCUGGCUCCUGCGCCCCUUCUUGUUCCAGUUAGGGUUUUAACUCCUCGGUCAGUAUUUGGGACAGAGCUACAAGAGACACAAAAUGAGAGGACUUCUAGUCUUGCUCUCUUUGGCCUGUUUGGCUAAUGCUCAGCACCAGGCACUCAUCGACUACUUAGAAAGGAGGCUGCUUGCGAUUGAGGACAGGAUUUCUCUGUGGCAUGAGCAGAUCACUCGUUACGCUUCUGAGCUGCGGGAACUGAAGCAGCAGAUGGUUUCACAGCUGGAGAAUCUGGACAAAGAAAAGGAGACGCUGCGAACCAGCUUGGACAGCAUGGGGUCGAGGGUGGACAGGGUCGAGAGGGAACUGGACUACCUGGAAACGCAGAAUGGGGCUCAGCCGUGUGUGGAUGUGGACGACAAGCUGAUUGAGCAGCAGGUGACUCUGGUCCAGGAGAAACAGAAGGCCAAAUACUUUAAACUGACCGACUGCAGCGACAUGAUCUCCAGCAUCAAAGCCAUGAAGAUCCUGAAACGAGCCGGCGGGCCGAAGGGGAUGUGGACCAAAGACACCAGCGGGUCUUCCAAGAAGGUCUACAUCUUCAACGGCACAGCUGAGGACACCAUUAACGAGUUCGCCUCCGUACAAGACCUGACACGGUCCCAGGGCUUCUCUCUGUCCUCUGACCUGAAGCUCCCGAGUCCCUGGAGUGGAACAGGACAUGUGGUCCACAACAACCAGGUGUAUUAUGUAAGCCAGGCGGAGGAGAUAACGGUGGUCAAAUUCGACCCGAGAAAUAACUCUGUGACGGACAGUGCAGUGUUUCCACUGCAGGACCAUGUUCCUGUGUACGAUCUGACCCCCGAGACCCUGAUGGACCUGGCUGUGGAUGAGGAAGGCCUGUGGGCCAUCUAUGCCACACGCCAGAACGAGAAGCACAUCUCUUUAGCCAAGAUGGACGCCAACUCUCUGGACGUCGAGCAAAUGUGGGACACAAACUGUCCAAGAGAGAACGCAGAGGCAGCUUUCGUUAUCUGCGGCACCCUUUACGUGGUGUACAACACCAAGCAGCCCGGGCGCUCACGAGUGCAGUGCGUGUUUGACGUCAACGACAUGGUGACCACAGAGGAAGCACCUCUCAUUUACUUCCCAAAGCGGUACGGCUCUCACUCCAGCCUGAAGUACAACCCGCAGGAGCAGCUGCUCUACGCCUGGGAUGACGGCUACCAGAUCCUCUACAAGCUGGUCAUGAAAAAGAAACUGGAAAUUUAAGGCUUCAAAUAAAACCGUUUCAGUCUUGAGGGGGUUUUGCUUCCUAACAGCAGAUUAUUUAAAUCUGCUGACUACACUUUUAAGAAUUGUUAAAGUUUCUGGAACUUUUCUUGAUUAUUUUUUCUCAGACAGCUGUGAAUGCUCUGUAUGUUUGUUCGGUCUGACUUUUUUUCUGAGUGUUAUGAAGCAAGGAAAUAGAAUAUUUACAAUUCCAUGUGUUGCCAAUUUUCACUUCUUCAGAUUUUUUCCAACGUUACAACUGCUGUUCAAGUUACAUUCAGCCUUCUUAGGGGGGAAGCAACUGUCAUUUCAAUGAGGAGAGAUCUUAAAAGUGUGAUUGAGUAUGAAUAGUUGGCGGUCUUUGGCGGUUCGACUCAAGGCUGGAGACAUCUUGCAUACUUGGGAUGACCAUGUGAAGAGACCUGAGAGCCUAGACGCUGGUGGUGGCCAAGGCCAGACCGUGCCAAAAGUGAAGAGCCAGGAGAACGGGCAGGAGGUGGGCCGGAGGAAUUUGAUUGUGAUUGGCUGUGAAGACAGUGGACACAGUGGCUAUUGGCUCAGAGCAUUGACAUGAAUAGACAUGGACAAAACAAGACUGUCACCUCGGGUUCCAUCAAAAGGAAAUCAAUUCAGAUUUUUUUUUUAUGUACGGAUAUCGCCUGAUUUUUGCCAUUUUGGGACCAGACAACGUUAGCAAGCAGUUGGUCUAAUAAUCUGUCAAUUGCUUUGAAUGUUUGAGGUGGGGCCACCACAUGUUCUUAUUGAGGCAUCUAAUUGGCCAGUUUAUAACUUGAAUAACUUGUGAUAAAGAAAAAUGUCAUGAGAAAAAAAAAAAAGUUUAGCAAGAACAUGUUAAAAAGAGACACCAGAGUAAGGAUGGUUAUUCGGACAAACAAAAUGACUGAGUAAUAGCUCUUUAUUUCUCUAUAGAAGUUUAUGGGAUUUUGGCUUUCUGGGACCAGCGGUUACUUCCUAUUUGGAACGCGAGGGGGGAGGAUCAGUCCAGUUCUCUAUAUAUACAGUCUAUGGCUCAGAGUGAAGACUAAUUGAUGAGUGGCAUGUGGAGUGAAGAAUCAGCAACCCAGCGAAUGAAGUAGAUCUUCCUCCUUAUUAAAAUUGCGCUAAAGCUUCACUUCUCUGAUGCAAAAAAGGUUGUUCUUCCUUUUUAUCUCUUAUUUAAUAAACUCAAAUAGUAAAAAGAUGAAAAAAAAACUAAAUAAAAGCUCAAAAAUCACACAACCUAAAUAUGGUCUAAGAUGAAUAUACUGCUGUCCUAGAAUCCAAGAGAACGUUAAUAAAGACACAGCAGCCCCCAAAAUAAAACAGCUGAAUGAUGAAGAUGUGGCAGAAUCAUAAAUAAUAAAAUAUAUAUUUCCAGCCAAAUUGCUCCAAAGACCUUACUUUAAAAAUACAAUUUAUUCAGUUGCAUUUCAUACUUUAAAUUCGUUUUUGUUUCGUCUUUAUGACUUAAACUUUUUGUAUCAGGUAACAUACAUACAGGUAUUUAAAACAGCUAGUGAUCUGCUAAACAUUAACAACGUUUGAGAUGGUCUUACAGUAUGCCAGUGGAAAUUUAGCACAAACAUUAUUCUGCUGUUUGGUCUAUUUUAAUUAUUAACUUAAAAAAAGGUAAGAAGAUUCUCACGUUUCGUGCAAAAAAAGCUAGUAGGCUAGCAACCACACAUUUGACUUUUUUUCUUAAAAUGUUUUAUUUUACUGUAUAAAGAACAGCAGCAUUAACUCAAUGGAAUCUAGAAUAUAAAACAACUUAUUUAAGUAAAACAUUCAUUUCUGUUUGUGCUUUUUACA